AUGGAGGGCUGUUCAGGGUUGGUCGUAGAGGGCACCUACGCGGGGCAGCCGGCCAUCAUCAAGUUGUACGGGCCAGACGACGAGGGCCUGGACGUGUGCCAACAGGAAGUGGCAGCGUACGGUGCCCUAGCGGCCGUCCAGGGGCGGCUGGUGCCUCGGUUGCUUGGGACCGGGCACGCAAAGGACGGCGUGUGGUUUGUGGCGCUGGAGGCGCUGCCGGGCGUACCGCUGUCGCGGCUGAUGCCGUUGCCGGCUACUGUGGCCGCGGCCGCCCUUGCGGCCUUGCGGGAGCUCCACAACGCCGUGCAGGGCUUUGUGCACGGAGACAUCCGCCUGGCCAACAUCCUCUUUGUCGAGGGCGGCGGAGAUGCUGGAGGCAGGGGCGGCGACGGGCGGCCUGACGGGGCCCCCAAAGCAGGGGGCCGCUGCGUCAUCGUGGACCUGGGGAUGGCGCGGCUGGGCGCGGCCGUGGAGGAGGUGCAGGCCGAGCAGCGGCUCUUGGAGCGCUUGCUGGGCGCCUGA